AAACCCUCGGCGGUUCCCAAACAUCCUUUCGUUCUCCAAUUCCCCUACCACAUCGAGAUGGAGGCGGCGGCCUCAGCCGCUGUGGCGGCGGCCAAGGAGGCGGCGCUGGCCGCGGCAUCGGCGGCAGAGAAGGAGGCGGCAGUGGCGGCCGCGACCGCGAAGGAGGCGGCGGCGGCCUCAGCUGCUGCGGUGUCUGCUAAGGAGGCGGCGUUGGCCGCGUCUGCUGCGGCAUCGGCUGCUGCGAAUGAGGCGGAGGUGGCGGCUGUGACUGCGACGGAGACAGCGGCGACUGCGAAGGAGGCGGCGGUGGCGGCUUCGGCUGCUGCGUCAAAUGCGAAGGAGGCAGCGGCUGUGGCGGCGACUACAGGGGAGGUGGCGGCGGCGGCCGCCGCCGCUGCGACGGCGGCAAUGCAGGCUUCCAAGAAGCGUAAGUUCCACCUUAUCUGCGACCAAGAUCCACCGGGGAGUGGGAGCUGCGAUGAUGUUGAUGGGGGGAGCGUCGAUGAUCUCACUGAUGAUGUUGAUGGGGGGAGCGUCGAUCUCAGCGAUGACGUUGAUGAGGGGAGCGUCGAUCUCAUCAGCUAUUUUGAUUUGGGGAGUGCCGAUCUCAUCAGCCGCCUCCCCGACGCCGUCCUCGGCAGCAUAGUGUCUCUUCUCCCCACCAAAGAAGGCGCCCGCACGCAGAUCAUCUCCCGCCGGUGGCGUCCGCUCUGGCGUUCCGCUCCUCUGAACCUUGUAGUGGACUACAAGAUCAUUAACUUGGUUCCAAAGAUUCUCUCUGAGCAUCGUGGCCCCGCACGCCGCUUCUCAAUCGAGGACUGUUACGUCGAAGGCAGGCUUGGUCCCUAUACCCGGAGUAUCUAUAUAGAAGACUGUUAUGAUAAGGUUGAAGGCUGGCUUAGUUCCGCUGCCCUGGACAACCUAGAGGAGUUGGAGCUCACCCCCAAGUGCUCAUACGGCUACCGGGGGGAGUUGUACCUGCUGCACUCGUCGACAUACCGCUUCUCAUCCACGCUCCGCGUGGCCAAAUUCCACUGCUGCCAUUUCCCCAACUUAAUUGUGCAGCUGUCCCUGAAGUUUCCAUGCCUCAAGCAAUUGACCCUGCAAAAGGUCACCAUCUCGGAGGACCCUCUCCAGAGCUUGCUCUCUGGCUGCACUGCCUUGGAAAGCCUUGAGCUGAAGGAAAACAUGGGCACUGGUCGCCUCUGCAUCACCUCCCAAACUCUUAAGAGUUUAGGCUUUUGCGCUAACUCAAGGGAUGGUGGUCUCUUUUUGCAAGAGUUAGUCGUCAAGGAUGCCCCGUGCCUUGAGAGAUUGCUACCACUUAAUCCAAAGGGUGGCACAGCGAGCAUACGGAUAAUCUCGGCACCUAAACUGGAGAUAUUGGGUAUGCUGUCUGAAGACACAUAUGAAUUCCACCUUGGGAGUUCAGUUUUUCAGAAAAUGAUUGCUGUCAAUUUAACAACCAAAAUGCACACCAUGAGGGUUUUGGUUCUCAGCUCUGUUGGCCCUAAUCUGGAUGCAGUUGUGAACUUCCUCAAGUGCUUCCCUUGCUUGGAGAGGUUGUAUGUCAUUUUCCAGUCACCCUCAUACAAGGAUAUGAAUAAUGUCCGGAAGUAUGACCCACUGGACCCAAUUGAAUGUCUUGAGCUUCAUCUAAAAAAAGUAGUGUUGAAGAAUUAUGACGGCACCAGAGAUUCAUCUAUCAACUUUGCCAAGUUCUUUGUUCUGAAUGCAAAAGUGCUAAAGGAAAUGAAAAUCACAUUGCCUUACCACCGCCAGCAUGGAUGGUUUGCUAAUCAAUCCAGCCUGCUACGAGUCAGAAAUAGAGCUUCUCCAGAUGCUCGAAUUGAGAUGAGAUGUGGCACUAAAGAUGAUUUCACACACAACAAGCAUACCCAUGAUCUGUCAAUGGACGACCCCUUUGACUUGCCCUACGGAGGAUGCUAUAUGUGUAAAGAGAAGGGUCUAGGAGAUGGUGUAUACCAAGUUUAAUUAGAACUUGGGCUGCCAAGACCAUCAAUGGGUGGUGCUAGUCACCUUCUGAUGCUGUAAGAAAGGAUGCGGAUCUACUUGACGUAGCGACGGAAUGCUUUGUGGCCUACUCGGGAUUGUACCAGGACAAAGGGGGUGGUGUCUAAGCUCAGGCUUCAAAUCCAAACUUGCGUAAUGUAUUUUAUGUUCUAUUGCUGUUUGGCUUUUUGUAAGCUGGUUGGACCAGCAGUUACUAUAUUUAUGUAUGAUACAACUUGCUUUAGUUAAAACGGAUGGCCUCCAUGCCUUUUGUCUUAA